UUCGGCGAUUUCCGGUCGUCGUCGCCAUCUGCUGCCUUCUCGUCCUUCUCCAAUCUCCGUGUUGUUGUUCCCGGUGACGCGGCGGAGGUGUAGCCUGACGCGGGCUCUUACGUGUCGGCCGGAAUAAAAGUGGAGCUCCGGAGGCCCGGGAGUGACGAAGGGGAGUCUCUAUCGCUCAGCCAAUGAAGAUGGAGUCGAUAGCAGAGGCUCAGCAGGAAACUGCUUUGAUUGAGACGGAUGGUCAGCACAUCACCCAGGCACAGCUCGCUACAUUGGCACAGGUAACCAUGGCAACAGGCCACGGCUCAGCAACGGGUCCCACGGUCACGCUGGUCCAGCUGCCUAAUGGACAGACGGUUCAGGUCCACGGUGUCAUCCAGGCAGCGCAACCGUCUGUCAUCCAGUCCCCACAGGUCCAGACUGUGCAGAUCUCCACCAUAGCAGAGAGUGAAGAUUCACAGGAGUCAGUCGACAGUGUGACCGACUGUCAGAAACGCAGAGAGAUUCUGUCACGACGACCGUCUUACAGGAAAAUCCUCAACGACCUUUCGUCCGACGCGCCGGCUGUCCCUCGUAUCGAGGAGGAAAAAGCGGAGGAGGAAGCUGUUGCGGCCGCCACACACGCGAUCACCACCGUCACUGUCCCCACACCCAUCUACCAGACCAGCAGCGGCCAAUACAUUGCGAUCACGCAGGGCGGGGCCAUCCAGCUGGCGAACAACGGCACAGAUGGAGUCCAGGGCCUUCAAACCCUAACGAUGACCAACGCAGGUGCCCAGACCGGAGCCACCAUCCUCCAGUACGCGCAGACCAGCGACGGCCAGCAGAUACUGGUUCCCAGUAACCAGGUGGUGGUCCAAGCCGCCUCCGGUGACGUCCAGGCCUAUCAGAUCCGGGCAGCCCCCGCCAACAGCAUCGCCCCGGGGGUGGUCAUGGCCUCUUCCCCCGCCCUCCCCACCGGGGGAGCCACCGAGGAGGUCACCCGCAAACGGGAGGUCCGCCUCAUGAAGAACAGAGAGGCGGCGCGAGAAUGUCGCAGGAAGAAGAAGGAGUACGUUAAGUGUCUGGAGAACCGAGUGGCCGUCCUGGAGAACCAGAACAAGACGCUAAUCGAAGAACUGAAAGCCCUUAAAGACCUUUACUGCCAUAAAUCCGACUAGUUUGCGUUUUCCUGAACCACCGAACUGGGCCAAGUAGCAUUUCAGUACCUUUUCAAAAAUACUUUUGACUGUUUGAUUCUGCCCGUCUGGCCUUCCAGUUUACACACAGCUGGCUCUCUUUUUUGACCAAGCUGCCCUGAUUCAAUUCUGAUCAGACUACCAUUUUAGUCUGUCGGUGUAAUGAAUUAAAAGAAAAAAUAAUAAUACCGUCAUCCAGGUUGGAUGAUAGAUGAUGCUGAACUGAGACUUUAUUAAAACAGUUACAGCAUCAUUGACAGGGUAGAAUCAGCUGCUGACAACAGCACUCAGCUUCAUCAGUGAGGCCGCAACUUAUUGUCGUACUUUGGCUUGAACUCAUCACGGUCAUUGUGCAGACGCUUCGCUGCCCGUUCAAGCAACUUCACCCUCAACACUGCAUUGACCAAUACGCCUGUCCCUUCUCCGCCAUCGCAGUCCAGCUCCACUUUUCUUAAAACCCUAGUGUUCGUGUUGCUGUAAAUUGUGCGGGGGCUGUAAAGUGUAGUUCUGCCUUUUUCUUUCUCGAGAACCGCUUGUCCAAAAAAUAGUAAUAAUAAUUCCACAGUCGACACUGCCCUUCCUUGGGUCCUCAGCAAUACACAAGCUAAGUUUGACGUUGAAAGAAAGGCACACAGACAGACAUUCCUACAUUUAUAGUUGGAUUAUGGUUUUAACUUUUAAAAAUCUGUUUGACCUCAUUAGAGCAUUUGUGGUUACAACUGUAUGUAAGCAAUAACGCACAAUAACUGUUCUCCAAGCAUCACCGUGGUCGCCACUCUUGCCCGAACUCAGUGCUAAGUAUGUUGGCGGUGUUUUGAUUCAUGAUUUUACAGACACAUGCCAAAAAAAAUCAUGAAUUAAUCUUCUCAGUUGCCAGUGUAAUGUUACAUUGACGGUGGUGAGUUCAGUGUUUAAACAGCAUACUGCCACAGCUACGACAAAAAGACGCAGCCUGCUAAAAAUGCUUUGCCUUUGAUACAAUUACAAUUUAAGACAUGGAAAUUGUGAUAGUCUAUGUUUUUUGCCUGCUGUAUGCUACAUGUGACAAUGUGUUCAGAACAUAGUUAAUCCUAAACAGUUUGUAUAACGGCUAAGCCUCAGACCUUUGACCUUUCAGGCAAGUCCAGUCAGUUCCAGUUGAAGGUUUUUUGAAUGAAUUGUCUCCACUUGAUCCACGUCCUGAUGUGAACCAACUGUUCAACAAUGUGGCCGCUUGUAUCGGGGGCUCUGCAACCAAUUUGGCACAAACAAGUACACAUUUUUUAUUGCUUUUCAAGAUGCUACCAACUGCCGGCGGGGAAGGAAGUGGAUGUCAGCAGACAGUGGACUGUUACGCUGUUUUAAAAAAAGACGUAUUUUAUUAAGACAUCACUAUUUUCCUUUUUUUUUUUUUUUUUUUAUUCAUCUCUCCACAACAGACGGUUGACAGAGCUGCUGUUCAAAAGAGAUUAUUAGCAGGCAGAAGACGAAGCACAGUUUUUAAGAGUGAUUGUUUGUUUUCACAACCUGGGGGCCAUGUUGUCUUGACAAAAUUGUUUAAAUCUGAAUGCUGAUUAUUCCAAAUGUUGCUGAUCCUGGAAAAAAAAAAGAAAAUUUAAAGAAAACUUUGCAGGAAUACUUCCUGGUUUACAUUGAUUGGCUGUAUUUGCUGCAGUUCAACGCACAAGUGUGUUUUCCAAUUUCAGUUUUUAAUGGACAUGCGCGUGUGUUCGUGGUUUAUGUAACUGGGGGUUUGUUUAUUACUCACUACUCCCGUUUCUCACAAAAACUGAACUAACAUCAGAUUCAAGGUCAAACGUCAUCUCGUUGUGUUGUCAAUAAUGAUGACCACCACAAAGUUGUCAUUUUUACAUGAUUUCUUCAUUAAGUGUUUUUACAGUAUCGUGUCUGUUUUGCAGUGUCUGUAAAAUUGUGAUAAAAUAAUGGAUUUCAACAACAUGUGAGGUAAAGGAGCAACAUUUCGAGUAUGUAGCAGAUUGGAAACAUUUGUGAAACCUGCGGAAGAUACACAGUAGGCGACAGUUACACGAGUUUCAACACUAAUAAUAAUAAUAAUCCACGAAAAUGUGCGUUCUGUCGAAUAGAGAUGGCUUUUGUGGUUCUUGAGAAGAUACAUGUUUCGUAUUUUUGUCUGUUUAUUUUUUUAUAUAUGUACAUAGUCUCUACAGCAUGUGUAGACCUCACGUAUUUCUGUCUAUUUGAUAUGAAAAUUUGUUCUUAUAUGGCUUGUACGAAACAACUUUGCAUAUUUGUAACAUACGUCACUGUAUAAUAGAAGACAAUUGUUUGUGUUAUGUAAAUCCACCAGGCCUACCACCGUCAUGGCAGCUAAGUGUAUGAAAAGAAAAAGGGCCUUUGUUGGACGACUAUAUUUUGGAGUUGUUGUACUGUUUAGGAUCGACUGUGUUUAUUUGUAGAGAAGAGUGAAUCUGUUGAGAGCAGUUGGGGUCCACGACUUAUAUUAGUCUCAAAUUUAACAGAUUUGUUUGAUGGAAUCCUGUACAGACGAGUCCCAAGUGGCUUCAGACUCAGCCACACGUUUGUUUUUAACUGAAAAUGCAUUUUUAAUCUCAUAGACCUCAGCAGAAAUGGCUCCAUUGGUAACAUUUUUUUUAAAGAAAUAUCUGCCAAUUUCAUCUUGUGAAAGCACACAUUUCCUUCCCACUGGAGCCCUUUCUUAUGUUUGUUUUAUUGUGCAUUUAUUUUUACUACAAAGUUACAUGAGAUGUUUUAUAUUUUUCAUUUUUAUCUCUUAUUGACAUUGGUUGCCGGUGGUAAGAUCGAUGUCAGUUAAUCAUGCCUCAAUUCAGAAUACAAGCAAAAGAAAAAAAGAGAAAGAGAUACCCUCUGUGAUUUUGUUGAUAUUUCCCCCCCAGCUCACUGUUGAUGUUAAUAACUGAACAUAAUCAUAAAGUGAGAGUUGUACUGGUAACUUUUAGUUCUGACUGGACGUCAAAGUUAAUUAUUUUGACUUUGGAAACGAGUGGUUUAAAUCAACUUAACUCAAGGUUGUUUCCAAUAGGCCUGUCACAAUAACAUUUUUUUGUUGCACGAUAUAGUGUCCCAGAAAUGAUUACGAUAAACAAUAUUAUCGUAAUUUUAAGACCAUUUUUUUGAUAAUGAAUCAUGAUUGAUUUCAUAAUCAUGUAUCAUAUGAUACGUUUUAAUUAUUGUGACAGGCCUAGUUUCAAAACCUCAAUUGUGAGCUAAAAGGGCAUCUGGGGUCACUAACGGUGGCUCUAACAAUCAGUGUGUUGUUGUUUUUUAAGUGUUUUGUUUCUUUUGUAUUAUUUUUUUUAAAUCAUUUUUAUUUUUCUAGUUUAAACAUUUUGAUAUUGUACAGUAUGCACUUAUAUAGAUGAUUAAAGGGUUGAAUUGGCCACAUUGGAAAUACACACAGCACCUCACACUUAGAGUAAUUUAUCAUCCAGUCAGACAAACUUAUUUGUAAGACUUAUUAUGUAAAACUUAUUUUAGAGGAGAGGAAGCAGCAAAUUUGAUACCUGUGCCAAAAGUGUAAUUCAGAGAAUAAAAGUGCUGGUGCUGAAAAAGAAAUAUCUAGUAAUAAUCUUUUUUCUGUUGAUUUGAUAUGGUGAGCUCAACUUUGUGAUGUGAUUACACACAACACUUUCUAUCAAAAACCAACAGUUUUUUCGUUUCUGUGCCAGAAUAGUUUAUACCCGCAGGUCUCAUAUUUGCAUGAAAAAGAUUGAUAUUUCUUGUGUGUAAAAGUAUAUAUACAUAUAUAUAUAUAUAUAUAUAUAAAGCGAGAAAGAGAGAAUUUCUAGAACGGUGAUAAUAACAUUUUUUUCUAACUUUUAAUGUGAUCGGUUUGUAUAUGGACACUUUUACAACUCAUCAAUUUAAAAUGCCAUGUAUUGUAUAGUAUCUUGUAGAGACGAGAUCGCCCGAUGAUGCAUUACGUACUGUUUGGUUUUUAGCCUUGUUACAUGAUAAAAUGAUACCAGCCCAUUCAUUGAAAGUGCUGUUACUCUGACAUCACAGUACAUCACUCUUUUGUAAACACUUAAGUAUGUUGCAAUAAACUGCUCUUGAAGAUGGUUAUGAA